UCUGAUAAGAUUGAUUUAUUUGGUUAAGAAAUACUUUUCUUAAACCUAUUUUUAAAAAAUGACACUCAGUAUUAGCAUAACAUGCACAUUUGAAAUGUGAGAACUAUAAGGGAUGAAAAUCUGACAGGUGCAAUUAGUGAGAUACAAAGCAGGAGGAGUUGAACCAAAACCAUCAGUUAAACAUUUUGCAUUUAGACUUAAUUCUUUGUUAGAAAGGUUGGGAAUAACAUGAAAGCCAUUUUAACCUUAACAAUGAAAGGAGGACUAUUAUCACUUAAUUAUAUUUCAGUGACAAGCUGCUUUCUGUAAAAUCCAGCCCACAGGACACAAACACGGUCUUGGCCACACCUUAGCAUUACUGGUUGGCGGCAUUAUUUCCCUAUCCUUUUCUGAAACCCAUUCAACAUGGAAUCAAACAAUAGCAACUCUGGCAAGAAUUCUCCUAUAUACACAAUGAAGAAAUAUUUCUGAGUUUCAUAAGUUAUAACACAAGUGUCACACUUCUUUUCACAGCAACUGAAGGGCAGGAGUUAGUUUGGCUAAAGCUCUCAGGACAUUAUAAUGGCUUUAGUAUUUAGAACUGUGGCUCAACUAGCUGGUGUUUCAUUAUCUUUGCUGGGAUGGGUUUUAUCCUGUCUUACAAAUUACCUGCCACACUGGAAGAACCUCAACCUGGACUUAAACGAAAUGGAAAACUGGACCAUGGGACUCUGGCAAACCUGUGUCAUCCAAGAGGAAGUGGGGAUGCAGUGCAAGGACUUUGACUCCUUCCUGGCUUUGCCUGCUGAACUCAGGGUCUCCAGGAUCUUAAUGUUUCUGUCAAAUGGGCUGGGAUUUCUGGGCCUGCUGGUCUCUGGGUUUGGCCUGGACUGUUUGAGAAUUGGAGGGAGUCAGAGAGAUCUCAAGAGGCGACUGCUGAUCCUGGGAGGAAUUCUGUCCUGGGCCUCGGGAAUCACAGCCCUGGUUCCUGUCUCUUGGGUUGCCCACAAGACGGUUCAGGAGUUCUGGGAUGAGAAUGUCCCAGACUUUGUCCCCAGGUGGGAGUUUGGGGAGGCCCUCUUUCUGGGCUGGUUUGCUGGACUUUCUCUUCUACUGGGAGGGUGUCUGCUCAACGGUGCGGCCUGCUCCAGCCACGCUCCCCUAGCUUCGGGCCGCUAUGCAGUGGCGCAAACACAAGAUCAUCAUCAACAACUGGAGACGAGAAACACCAACCUGAAAAACUAAGCCAGAAGGGACAAGUGUCUGUUGUUCAGGAGACGCCUGCUCACCACUCGAUUUGGUAGGAUGCCCCGCUCUAGUCAUCUCACUGUGCUUUUGAUUUUUGAAAAUGCAUUUUUUCCUGUGGCUAUUAAACUAUAGUUUCUUUCCAAGACUGGUAAGCCAUUUUUAUCUUCUACUCUGAGACCAAAACCAAUCAAGACUGAAUAGUAAUGACACCCAUUUCUGUGGAUGAGUGUUCUCAAUUUUAAAAUAGUGAUUGCAUAGAAAUGGUAAAUAAAACAUUAAUCUGUACGUAUCUUUGAAGGUAUUAUUCAUAUGGAGCGGCAUCAUUUGACAAAUCAUUUACUUCUUUCAGGUGUUUAAGAUAACCUAGUAUAAUAAGCCUGAGGUCUUGUUGCAUAUUUAUUUAAAAUGCAUGAUGUCUUAUUAUAUAAAAUAAUUAUUAGCUCUUUAAAAGCUUUCGAGGUGAAAGGUGGACACAUCAUCUCCUUCUGAAUCAGAGACCUCAGUGUCUCUAUGGAGCCUUUUUCAAAAGGCAGCCACAUUCAGUCAUGCCUUCUACACUGUCAGAGGCAGGAGGGCGACCUUGGGUUUUGGAUGAUUCAAGUAGACUCUGCCACACAAACGUCCUUCUGCAUCCUGUGCUCUGUAUUUCAUGGGCAGCGUUUCUGGCUUCCCCGGCACUGAGCAGCCUGUGGGGGGCACGGCAGGGCAGGACUGGGGUGUGCGGGUAGAGAACCUCCCGGGCCGGCUGCCUCUCCGUGGAGCGCACUGCCAGCCCGGGUGCAGCGACUGCAGAGCACAUCUUCUAGAGCCCUUCAUUUUAUUUGCCCAAUGAAAAAACUUCAUCCUUUUUUAUCAGCAAUACAUAUAGUUCCAACGAGAACUAGUCAUCACAAACUGCCGGCCUGGGGAUUUCUUCAUGAAAUAUUUUGUAUUUGCUCGGUACAUGGUUCAAGGAAACUCUUGUGUUUGUGCCAAUCAGGGAAAUAAACUGAACAAUAAACAACACUGAAAUAGGGUAUUAGGCAAUACGUAGCUUUGUUUUUUUGUUUUUUUUUUUUUUAAAAACCCACUGAAUUUUUUUCCACCCACAAACACAUGGAAAGUGCAGAAACCAGUUAAUCUAUGUGAUGUAUUUGCAUACGUUUACAAACAAGACAAAUUAAAACAGAAACAUGUUCAGAAUUUAACCUGAUUAAAUAUUAAGUUCAGUCCUGAGCUUUUGAUAUUUAAUACAAUAUAGAUAAAGCAACAGCAAACAAAUUUUAAUUUAUUUGAUUUGCAUGCUACAGAGAUUUAGCUAAACUUUGUUCAUUUGGCUAGCAAUAUUCUUUUUGUACCUGUAACACUUAAGAUUCUGAUAUACAAAAUUGUAAUAAUAUACUGAUAAUUCAAACUUGAGAACUAAAUAUUACAUUCUUUUUACCCUGUGCGAAUAAAUUCUACCUUUUAAAAAUAGUAUUUAUAAUAUUAAAAUUCAUAUUU